AGGCCUAAUUAUGAGUGACCAAAUCAAAUACAUUGUGGACAGUCUUAAUAAGGAGCCUUUUAAGAAGAAUUAUAACUUAAUCACUUUUGAUUCCUUGGAGCCUAUACAACUAUUACAAGUUCUCAAUGAUGUUCUGUCUGAGAUUGACCCAAAGCAAGUCGUUGAUAUCAGAGAGGAGAUGCCAGAGCAGACAGCCAAAAGGAUGUUGAACCUUCUUGGUAUCCUUAAAUACAAACCUCCAGGAAAUGCAAAGGACAUAAGUAUCUUUCGUCAGGGUCUGGUGAUUGGAAGUAAGCCUGUCAUUUACCCAGUGCUACACUGGCUUCUUCAGAGGACUAAUGAAUUGAAAAAAAGAGCGUACUUAGCUCGUUUUUUAGUAAAACUUGAAGUACCAAGUGAAUUCCUUCAGGAUGAAACUGUAGUUGAUACUUAUAAACAGUAUGAAGAGUGUAUGGAAGCUUUUAAAACUUUGCAUAAAGAAUGUGAGCAGCUUAAAACAUCUGGAUUUUCUACAGCAGAAAUAAGAAGGGAUAUCAGUGCAAUGGAGGAAGAAAAGGAUCAGCUCAUUAAGAGAGUUGAACGUAUGAAGAAAAGGGUGGAGACAGUUCAGAAUCAUCAACAAAUGCUUAAAAUAGCAAGCCAACUUAGAGUUGAAAAAGAGAGAGAAGAAUUUCUGGUACAACAGAAACAGGAACAAAAGAAUCAGCUAUUUCAUGCAGAACAGAGACUCGCUGCUGCCUCUGGUCUGAGCAGAAGCUUGUCCUCUGCAGCUAGGGUGCUUAGUUGCAUCUCUGCCCCACCCAGCUGCCAGCAACAGUGA